AUGGCUUCCUCCAGAAAAGGAGGAUGUUGCCCCAAUAGGCUUACUGCCCAAUAUCCUAGUAGGGACGCUGCCCUCAAAGGAUACUACCCUGUGAUACUCCUAGAGUGUCGUAAAUGCAAGGAUACUACUCUCUUUAAGAGGCUAACCAUAGAGCACGUUAUGGAGGCAAACCACAUGGUAAUCUAUGUAUAUCAAUCUCCAUCACAAUACCUCUCCUCAACUGGUGAAGUCGCGCACGUGCACAAACAAGGUCUUUGGUUUGAGCCGUGGAGAAGUCACUUUGAGAAGGAAUUAUAUGGUGGUGACAUGUGGCAAUACAAGGUAGCAUGUGAGAUAGCGGCACGUGGCGGCAGAGGUGAGGUGGCCGGGACAUGUGGAGAUAAGGUCGUGACACGUGGCAACGGAGUUGAGGUGGCAGCAACAUGUGGCGGAGGAGGUAAGGUAGCAGCGACACAUGGAGAUGAGGUGGUAACAUGUGGCAACCAAGUACCGCCGCAGCACUGUUCACUCGGCGUCCGUACAGUGUCCGUACAGUCCGUACGCCUGCACUGUUCAUCGACUUUUCCGGCGUCCGUACAGUCCGUGCGCUCUGCACUGUUCACUCGGCGUCCGUACGGUUUAUUACUUUCUAGCGUUCUGUUUCGUUUCUGGCGCAUCUCCGGCACGCUUGCACUUCAUCUAUGGCGGAAAUUAAAUCUGUCUCGGAGCUUGUCCCAACUAUUACUAAAAAUUACUGAUCACAAGUUGACUUGGGUAAAUUAUUUGGAUUGGAGUAAAACCAUUCGCCUCUAUCUGCGGAGCAUUGAGAAGGAAGACCAUCUGACUGAUGAUCCUCCAACAACUGAUUCCAAAAAGACCUGGUUGCGGGAUGAUGCACGGCUAUUUUUCCAGAUCCGUAAUUCCAUUGACAGUGAGAUUAUUCCCUCUAUUAAUCACUGUGAAUUGGUUAAGGAACUAAUGGAUUAUUUAGAUUUUUUGUAUUCAGGAAAAGGAAAUAUCUCUCGUGUUUACGAGGUCUGCAAAGCUUUCUAUCGUUCUGAAAAACAGGAUCGUCCUCUCAAAGCCUACUUUAUGGACUUUAAAAGGAUGUAUGAAGAACUGAAUGUGUUAAUGCCUCUUACUGCUGAUUUGAAGGUUCAGCAUAAGCAACGGGAGCAAAUGGCUAUUAUGAGCUUUCUUACUGGUCUCCCACCUGAGUACGACACAGUUCGGUCUCAAAUCUUAUCCGGAUCUGAAAUUUCUGACCUUCAAGAUGUGUUUUCCAGAGUAAUGAGAGCUGAGAAUCUCUUGCCACCAGCUGCUAGUAUUCCUACAAGUGCCUUGCUCAGUAAGGGCACCUAUGAGACUCGUAGUCCUAUUGAUAACCGCGGGGGGCCUACCCGUGGUGGUUCGAAGCAAGGGGGAGCCCCUUCUGACUCCAGUGGGGUAGUGUGUUAUUACUGCAAAGAACCGGGGCAUACAAAACGCACAUGUCGAAAACUUCAGAAUAAACAGCAACGGAAUAACUCUGCCCACGUGGCUACACAAGCCAGUGACACAGUCACGAUUUCUGCUGCUGAGUAUGCCCAGUUAAAAUCUACUACACCGUCUGUGAGUGCCGCAGCUACAACAGGUAAUAAUGCUACUGCCCUUGCUUCUUCUUCCUCAAAGUGGAUCAUAGAUUCCGGGGCUACUGAUCAUAUGACAGGAUCUUUUGACGAGGCGGAUUAUUGGUAGAGGUUAUGAAUCUGGCGGGCACUAUAUACUGGAUGAUCGGGUGUCUCAUGCGGUAGCUUGCGCUAGCAGUCAUUCUCCCUUUGAAGUUCAUUGUCGAUUGGGUCAUUUGUCUUUAUCUUCUCUUAAGAAAGUUUAUCCUCAAUUUCAGCAUUUGUCGUCUUUAGAUUGUGAGUCAUGUCAGUUUGCCAAGCAUCAUCGUCUUCCUUUAGUGUCUCGUGUCAAUAAACGGGUUUCAUCCCCUUUUGAGUUAGUCCAUUCUGAUGUUUGGGGUCCUUGUCCUGUAGAGUCCAAAGCAGGGUUUAAAUACUUUGUUACAUUUGUUGAUGAUUAUUCCCGGACAACUUGGUUAUAUUUAAUGAAACAUCGUUCUGAAUUGUUUUCCC